AUUUCACCAGACAAGAUGUCGGUAACAAGUAAAAUUGGGGUUGUCAUUGUACUUCUGGUAAUUUUUUAUCAAAGCGAAGGACUAUCUAAACAUGAAGGAAGUCUAACAAAGAAAAAGAUAGAAACACUAGAGGACAUAGUGGACCUAUUGGAGGAAAGAGAGAAAGAAAAACAGUUGAUGAAAAAGGAAGAUGCUACUGCAGUAGUGGAAACAGCUUUUACAAACUGUUUAGAAAAAUUCGAGUCAUUUAAAAAAAAGCAAAAGGAGUUCAAAAAUAAAGGUGUUGAUGGACAAAGGAAGCAAGGCAAACGUAACAGACUAUUCAAGAUCACCCCAGAAUCCAUGGAACGCCAGAAACUAGGGUUUUUGACUAUCUGUGCUAAAAGGAACCUUGUGAAGCUAACCGAUUUGACAUUAAAAGAACUCAGUGAGGAUCCAGAAUUCACCAAUGCUUGGGAUUCUAUAACAGAUCAAAUCAUCGGAGGCAACAAGGAGAGAUACUUUACAAGUAGAGGAAAACGAACGACAACUAGUGAAUGCCAAGCAAUUUCUGAUGUUGACCAAUACAGAACUUUAGAUGGUACAUGUAAUAACAAAAAUAAUCCUGACUGGGGAGCAGCUUUAACCACACAACCUAGAUUUAUAACUGAAGUGUACAGCGAUGGUGUGGAUGAACCUAGAACCAGCGUUGUUCCGAAUGAAGAACUGCCAGGUCCAAGGGCACUUAGUAAUGCAGUAUUUGCUGCAACUAGUGCAGAUGGCGAAACUCCUCUGGAACCUUUCAACACAUUGAUGAGCAUGAACUGGGGACAGUUUAUUGAUCACGAUAUUGUACUCACACCAACAUUUUCAGGUGAAGAUGGUGCAGAUAUUGCUUGUUGUACAGAUAACAAGGAUCCCAUCGUUAGGGAUGAAUGUUUGGCGAUAGAAAUGGAAGCUGAUGUUGACUUAAACAUAACGUGUAUGGAAUUCGUGAGAUCAGCUCCAGCACCAGAUUUGAGCCUUAAUGGUAAUCAACUCACCAAUGAAAUAACAUCGUUUAUUGAUGCAAGCAUGGUUUAUGGCAGUUCAGAGGAUGAACUUAUAGCACUGAAGACUCGCAAGGGAGGAAAAAUGAAAGUAAGAUCAGAAUCAGGUGGGGACUUGCUGCCAAAGGACAGGUCUUCAGACGCCAUAUGUUCUCUGACUGGCGAUGAUCCAGACGAUGACUAUUGUCAAAAUGCUGGUGAUGUAAGGGUAAAUGUACAACCAGGACUUGGAUUGUUACAUACAUUGUUUGUUCGAGAGCAUAAUCGUAUUGUUGACGAACUUGAGGCUGCUCAGCCAACUUGGACAGAUGAUGAAUUAUUCAACGAAGCCAGAAAGAUUGUUAAUGCUCUUAUACAACACAUAACAUAUAAUGAAUGGCUUGAAAAUGUUUUUAAUGACCAAACCAUUGCCGACUACAAUUUACAAUUAUUGACAUCGGGCAACUCAUUGGAUUAUGACGAUACAAUCAACCCCGGAAUUAGAGUGGGAUUUGCCACUGCUGCUUUGCGAUUCGGACAUUCUCAGAUUCCUAAUAAAAUAGCAUAUAUGGGAGAAAACUACGCAACCACUUCAGAGGAAACAAAUAUGGAACUAACUAUGACAAAUCCACAUAUGUUAGUCAAUGAGGCAGGUUCCAAGAUAUUAGAUUUAGUUAGAUAUAUGACCACUAUUCAGGCCUCUAGUGCAGAUAGACAAUUUUCUGGUUCGAUCAGAAAUAAAUUGUUUAACACUCUAUUAGAUCUGACGAGUUUAAACAUACAAAGAGGAAGAGAUCAUGGCCUACCUUCUUACACAGAAUGGCGGAAAUCGUGUGGUCUUAGUGUUCCGUCCUCCGGUGAUGCUUGGUCAGAAAUGACAUAUAUUAGAGGCGGACUUCGGGAUUUAAGGAACUUAUAUGCAAGUGUAUACGAUAUUGAUUUGUAUGUUGGAGGUAUGUUGGAACAGCGCUUAGCUGGCGAUGCCGCAUAUGUUGGAGAAACGUUUGCUUGCAUACUUGGUAAACAAUUUCAGUAUCUUAAACAAGCUGACCGAUUCUGGUAUGAACGAGCAGAACCAGAGGGAUUUAGUCAAGAAAAGCUUCAGGAAAUCAGAAAAGUGACCCUUGCCAGUGUCUUUUGCAAAAAUGUAGACAACUUAACAGAAAUUCAAAGAAAUGCUUUAAGAAGACAGACAAACAGGGACGACUGCAGUAAUGAAAGGAGAAAUCCUCAAAUGGACUUUAACGUGUGGGCAUAAUAAUACAUUGUAGAAAGAAAACCUGGUUUGACAAUCUUCGAAAAGGCAAAAGCGAUUUAAUGGAAACAAUCAGCUAUUGUUUUUUCAAAAACUUUCUGUAAUUUCAAGCUUUGAUUUUUGUACAUGUUUUCUGUCGCAAUAAAUAUUAAAAAAAACCUGUUUGUUU